AUAAAUCUUGUCGUCCGUGAGCAGGGUUAUUGUGCGAGUGAUCAUGGUCGUCGUCUGAAUUGUCAAAGCGUUCCGGUGCAUUUACAGUUGGAUCCGUGCGGAUUCUGUACACCAUUGGCUCGCCUCAUUUCCAGCUAUCUGGAUUUUUUCGACCUGUUCCUGGCACGAAUCGAGGUUCACACUGACUCGCGUGGUGACCACAUUCGGAUCGGUGUUGUCGAUGAAGGCUCGGAUUCUGAGACGGGUACUCAGCUGUCCUAUACCUUGGACGAUAUAUUCCCCCUGACCACGUGUCGUUAUAUGGGCCUGAACUUACCGUGUCCCCGAAAUGCUCAUGGUGUGCUGUCUCACCUGUACGGUGCGGACUUCAUGCGUCCGAUCAAAUUGUGUGAUCUUAAAUCCGGAUACUGGAUACGCACGUGA